AGAAGAUGGUUGAGAGGGAAAAAGGUAAGAAGAUCUUUAUGCAGAGGUGUGCACAGUGUCACACUGUUGAAUUAAACGGCAAGCACAAAACUGGACCAAAUCUAAAUGGCCUCUUCGGCCGCCAAACUGGUCAGGCUUCUGGCUAUAUUUACACUUAUGCCAACAAGGCCAAGAGUAUCACGUGGGACAAAGAUAAUCUGGAUAUCUACUUGACCAACCCCAAGAAAUUUAUUCCAGGCACAAAGAUGGUGUUCGUUGGUCUUAAGAAGAAGAAUGAGCGUGCAGACUUGAUUGCUUACCUGGAAACCUCCACCAAGUAGAGCAAGCAUUAAUAUUUUUGUGGUCUCACCACUUUAAAUCAACAAAUCAUCCUGCUAUCAAAAUUUACUAAAAAAAAAAAAAAAA